AUGGCGCGUGGUCGACCUUCGCGAGCUGCAGCGCGUCGCAGCACACCUCUUCACAGCGCAACGCCGCAACAAGAGAGCGACGAGGACAUGAUGGAUGCCCCAGAAUCGCGCGCCGAAACGCCCAAGGAUGACGAGGAAGAAGAAGCCGAAUCAAUAGCCCAAGUCAGUGACGACGAACAGGCGCCUUCGGAGCGCUCGCCAUCUCCCUUGGUAAUUCAACCAUUUCCGCGUAAGAAGCGACUCGGUCGACCACCAAAAAACAGGCCGCCGGACUGGAAUGCCACUGAACCAGACAACUCAGAGGGAGGUACCCCCAUCAAGCGCAAGCGUGGGCGGCCUUCUGGUGGAGGUCGAGGACGUCCGCCCAAGGGAGGACCGUCGCAUAGUACGCGGGUUCCAAUUGACAAGGAGGGAAACAUGAUGGAUGUGGUCAACGAUGAGGUCGACCUCCCUGAAGAUGAGGAGGGCGAAGAAAAGGUGGACAAGCUGGGCACCCUCCAGGGCGGACGGGACUACCGUGUGCGCAUAUUCACAAUCAAAGGCAGAGGAGAGCGGCAGUACAUGCUGUCCACUGAACCGGCCCGUUGUUGCGGUUUCAGGGACAGCUAUCUCUUCUUCACCAAACACAUGAAGCUCUACAAGAUCAUUAUCGAUGAUGCCGAGAAGAGAGACCUGAUUGAGCGCGAGAUCAUUCCACACUCGUACAAAGGUCGCGCUAUCGGUGUAGUCACGGCACGCUCCGUCUUUCGAGAGUUUGGAGCACGCAUUGUUAUUGGCGGCAAGAGGAUCAUCGACGACUACUACGUUACCGCAAUGAAGGAACAGGGUGCCGUCGAGGGCGAGCUUGCCGACCCGAACGACAGACUACCGCCUCCCGGGGAGCCGUACAACAAAAACCAGUAUGUUGCUUGGCAUGGAGCUAGUAGUGUCUACCAUACUGGCGUUCCAAGCGUACCAACAGCGAGCGGCAAGCCUGUGCCUGGCAAGCGGAAGGUUAACAUCACUUCCGCUAAUUGGCAGUUCGAGCAUGGACGAGCUGCGAGCCGAUUCAACUCCAACCUUUCUGCGUUGCGAAAAGCAAACCUGACGGGUGUGUACGACCCGCAUACCAAUCUCAUGUGUUAUCCCAAGGUCACCCAGCCGACACACGCACGGUGGGAGGAGGUUGCACCAGAAGCAACGGACGUCCCUCCACUUGUUCGCCACAAAUACCUUGUCGUGGACUCGGUCUUCCAACAGCCUCCUUUUGCUGGUUUAGGUCUCCCAGGCCCCGAUGGCGACUACCUCGACGUGGGCACCAACGGUCUGCCGGAUCUGGACGCCGAAGACGAACAAAACAUGAAGCCUGAGGAGCUGGCAGCUUUCACCCAAGUCAAGCGUGAGGAAGAAGAGUGGCGGAGUCAGUGGGGAGGCGAGAGCACAGACGGUGCGCGAGUGAAGCCAAGGAUUGGUUUUGUAGGCGUUCCGGUCUGA